UACCAUUUACGCAUGACGGAAGUGGAAUCAAUAGACGAUAACAAAAUUUAGGGUCACUAAGAAAAUGUGAUAAAAAUACCUUUAUUUAAGGCCCAUUAACUACUAAAGGGUUCAAAAUGAUGUCCGACGAAAUAUUACGAAGGAAUCCACAAGAUGAUUUUGAUUUAAUUCAGCGUGUAGGCAGUGGAACGUACGGAGAUGUGUACAAGGCAAGGGAGAGAAACUCUGGUGAACUAGCAGCCAUUAAGAUAAUCAAACUUGAGCCGGGAGAUGACUUCGCCAUCAUACAGCAGGAGAUCAUAAUGAUGAAAGACUGUAAACAUUCUAACAUCGUAGCUUACUUUGGAAGUUAUUUGCGGCGAGAUAAGCUAUGGAUCUGUAUGGAGUAUUGUGGAGGUGGUUCAAUGCAGGACAUUUAUCAUAUCACUGGUCCUCUAGCGGAACCACAGAUUGCCUUCAUAUGUCGAGAAACACUGAAAGGUCUGCAUUAUCUACACAGUCGAGGGAAAAUGCACAGGGAUAUUAAGGGUGCCAAUAUUUUGCUGACGGAUGAAGGAGAUGUCAAACUAGCUGAUUUUGGCGUGUCUGCUCAGAUUACUGUUACAAUGUGCAAGAGAAAGUCUUUCAUUGGGACACCUUACUGGAUGGCCCCAGAAGUAGCUGCAGUGGAGAGGAAAGGCGGGUACAAUCAACAAUGUGAUAUAUGGGCUGUCGGGAUCACAUCUAUAGAGUUUGCAGAACUGCAACCACCUAUGUUUGACCUUCAUCCUAUGAGAGCAUUAUUUUUGAUGUCAAAAAGUGGUUUUAAACCUCCACAACUAAAAGACAAAAACAAAUGGUCUCCAGUAUUUCAGCAUUUUGUCAAAGUUGCACUCACGAAAAAUCCCAAGAAGCGACCUGCAGCGGAAAAAUUGUUAGAGCACCAGUUUUUUCAAGGGGAUUUAUCUAGACGGCUCACGCGAGAAAUUCUUGAUAGAGUACGUAAUCCACAACCAGUCUAUGAACCACAGGCUGAUGACGAUGAUGAGUUCCUGUCAAAUGUUCCACAAAGGAUAUCUUCAUCAAAAUCUUCAAGUAGAUAUAGCCAGGCUAGAAAUAGUAUAGAACUUAAAGUUAAUAUACCCAGCAACUUAAGUCCAGAGGAACAGUUCAACACAGCCAGAGCUUGGCCAGAGGAUGAAAUUUCUCAAAAGGGCUUGUUAGAGUCAGUAAAUGAAGAGCUUAUACAAAGAGGUCAUCGCGAUAGUCUUAUUUUGGACGAUGACACAAAUAACUUUGAUCUCACCAAUAAGGAAACUCUGCCACUGAAUCCUCCACCAGUUCCACCAAAGCCAACUUCAGAUGAGACAUCUGAGAACACAUACCACAUGCCUGAUGACCUUGACGAAGGUGAUGUUGAUCAGGGGCCUGACCUUGACAAACUUCUUGAUCGUAUGUUAACCUUGACCCCUGACACACAUCCACCAACAGAAUUUUCUGGAGACAGACCGCCGGCUCUACCUCCCAAAAUGAGCCGGAGACAAAAUGGAGUGGUGCCACAUACUACAGAGGAAAAUAACGUAGCCGACAACGCAGUAUCUCCACCUGAAGUACCUCCGCGACGAGAGAAGAGAGAAACUUUGACCAAUGAUACACUAAGACCAGUGAGCAAUGGCUUACCUCCUACACCAAAAGUUCAUAUGGGUGCUUGUUUUUCAAAAGUGUUCAAUGGCUGUCCACUGAAAAUCAAGUGUACAGCCAGCUGGAUCAAUCCAGAAACCAGAGAUGAACACAUUUUAAUUGGUGCCAGUGAAGGGCUUUAUACCCUGAAUUUAAAUGAAAUCCAUGAAGCUUCAUUAGAAUUGCUUCAUGCAAGACAGUGUUCAUGGCUAUAUGUCGUCAAUAACGUUCUAAUGUCCGUAUCAGGGAAGAAUCCACACCUGUAUAGACAUGAUUUGUUAAUGUUACACAGUAAACAGACAAACAGAUUCUCUCUUCCCAUGAAAACUAAAAUACCUGAAAAACUUGUACCAAGGAAAUACACGGCAACAUCGAAGGUACCUGACACUAAAGGAUGUAUGCGAUGUUGUGUUGGCAGAAAUCCAUAUAAUGGCUAUAAAUAUCUGUGUGGGGCACUGCCAACGGGGAUCAUUCUCAUGCAGUGGUACGACCCACUUAACAAAUUUAUGCAGCUCAAGAUAUACGAGUGUGAUACUUUGCCAACCUCGCCACCAGUGUUUGAAAUGUUUAUAUCACCAGAAUUAGAAUAUCCCUUGAUAUGUUUAGGAGUUAGAGUAGGGACAGACAAGAACCCCCUUAGUUUUGAUGUUAUAAAUCUGAACUCAGCGUCUAACUGGUUCCUAGACCUAGAACAGAACCAAGGAGAGAAGCUGCCUGUAGUAAAUGUUACACAGUUAGAAAAAGAUACAGUUCUCAUAUGUUUUGAUAAGUUUGUGAAAGCAGUGAGCAUGUCAGGUAAAUUGAAGUCAAGUCGACGACAAGCAUCAGAACUGCAUUUUGAUUUCAGUGUAGAAUCUUUAGUUUGUUUGCAAGACAGUGUUUUGGCAUUCCACAAACAUGGUAUGCAGGGAAGAAGUUUUAAAGCAAAUGAGGUGACUCAGGAGAUCUGUGACAAGACCAGAAUAUUCCGCUUACUUGGUUCAGAUAGGGUGAUAUGCUUAGAAAGCCGACCAACAGACCAGCCAGAUGCGGCAUCAAACCUCUAUGUGUUAGCUGGACACGAAAACACAUACUGACAGCUUACACUGAAUAGACUGUAGACUUUUGAUACACUAAAUAUAUAUAUAUAUAUAUAUCAGUGUAAAAACAAAGGAACAGGAAAAUAUAACCAUCUUACCAUCAUUGCAUAGAAACAUGUAUGAGUCAUUGCUCUCCAUGGAUGAUUGCUGACAUCACUUCCUGUGUGAUGUCAUUUCUGCACUUUUUGAUGAUGUCAUCAUUGAACAGUAUUACAUCAUUUCCUGUCACGUUUGAAGAAUGUUUUGUGCAAUAUUAUGUGUCGAGUUGGUAAUGGAGAGGGAAGAAUCAGACAUGUAUUAUAUGUCUGUGUAUUUGGAACAGACUAUGUAUAAGGAAGAGGAAAGGUGACCAACUCUUUAUGCAUUUUAAUAGUGAUUAUAGUGAAAAAGUUAAGGUACCAGGCUUGGAAAAUGUGAUCCUUUCAAUGAUUUGGACCAAAAUGUGAACACCAGCAGACAGCUAUGCUUUUGUAUGAAAAUUUCAAACUAUUGUUUGUGUCAUUGCUUGAAAGUUUAAACUUUUUUUCGAUAUGUCAGUUUAGAGCAUAUAUCUGCUAUCUAUACAUCUUGCCUUUUUUUAUAAGAUUGUUGUCAAAUACUUUUUUCGAUGUAAAAAUGUGUGUUAUUAAGAUGAUAAAACUAAUGUUUUGAAAUAAAGAAAAAACGGUUGAAAAUCUUGAAAUUUAUCAAUCUUUGGUCAGUAUCUUAUGUCAGGCUAGUACAAUGUAUUAGGCUGUAAAUGCAACACUUUUUGGCCCGACUUGUUUUACAUGCACCAAAAUGGCUAAACCAAUAUAGCUGUAAAAAUAUUUCCACCAGACUUAUUUUGCUCAAUAUAUUUCAAGAGAGGUACUUCCUCUUUCAGCUCAGCCAGUAAACAUGACAUGUUGCAGAGUGGCAUACUGUAAAAUCAGUUAAUUUCACCGGCAUGAAAUUUCGGGCCAUUUCGUGGGAAUAUGAUGUGAAUUCAUGAUAUGAAUAUUUAUUAUAUAAAUUUGCAGAUUUCAACUUUUGACGUAAUAUGAAUUGGUUAAGAUGUAAUUUCUUGGAUUAUUUCAUCCACGAAAAUUAGUCCCAUACAAAGAUUAAUGAUUUCACAAUAGCUGCACUGAGGCUCACAGAGGCAGUGUUGUAUCAGUGUUUUUUGGUGCAAAAAGGAAAAUGCUUAGUCCAUUUUUCAGUGAAAGCAUGCCCAGUGACCACUCUCAAAAGGGUUGCCGCGCUGUUUUAAAGUUUGGCGUGUUUUAUCAUUUAUGCAGAAUAAACAACUGUUUCUUUCUCAUAUUUAUGGAAACUAGAAUAAUGCUGUUUUACUGUAGGGUAUGUGUAUAAAGUAGUAAAUAUUUUCAGCUAUAUACUCAAGUUUUGCACAGUCCCCAUCUGUAAGCCAGUGCCAUGUCUAACCAUUUAGACUUCUCUUCUAAGAUAUUGACUUCUAAGGCAUUUUUUUAUAUCAAAAUUUAUAAAUGUUAAAGUUGUUGGGAGUAUUAUAGCUAAAGUUCAAUGUAGUACUGUUGAAUAGAAUAUUUAUUUCUAACGGUAUUUUAGCUUUAUAAUUGUUUCUGCCGUGUGUUAUAGUAAUUCUCUGUGAUAUCUCUAGCCUUAUACACUGUAGAUCAGAUAUUGUUGGUGAUGCUUUUAUUUUACCAUUUAACCCUUACCCUGCUAAAUUUCUAUAAUGAACUUGUCCAUCUUUCAGUUUGGACAGUACCAUAAACUGUAAAAAGGGGCGAAUAUACAAAAAGAUACUGACUGAAUGGCGAACUGUGCAGGUCAUGAUCAGACUGUACGGAUAUAUUGGCUGAUCAUGAUCUGCACUGGUCGCAAAGGCAGAAUCAAUUGUUCCAGCAUGAUAAGGGUUAAUAGUUUGGCCACAUAAUCAAUGUGUCGUUAAAGACAUCAUGUUGUUUGAUUUGUUUGUACUUAUUCCUUGCACAUAUAAGACAUUUUACCUCUAAACAUGAUUUUAAUAAAUUGAGGUUUUGACCCAAUUCAUAAUGGGAACAUCAAUAUUGCUGACUGUUUUAAUUGGUCAUAAAUUCUAGGGAAAAUAAAAUCAUCACAAACACUGCCUUUUCUACAGUAUUACACACACUUGAUGUAAUAUAAGAUGCUUUUUUAUGUUCUUUAACAUUUUAUCUUAGUCCAUACUAACUUUAGUCCUGAAUGGAUACUUGAUCUGUAUAAGUGGCUUUUUUAAAUACAAUAUUACUACUGCAGAAGAAUUUCAAACACGUCCUACGCCGACUACCGUGUUUAUAGCAUCCUAGGAUGGCUACAAUGUUAUAACGCCCUAGCCUGAUUACAAUGGGAUGAUGUCCUAGGCUUGAUUACAAUGUUAUAUGUCUGUUCUUUGUUGGAAAGCAGUUUCUAAUUUUAUGUAUUUCAUGCUUUCCAUGUCAUUAUAAUAUUUAAACAAGAAAUUUAUACUGGUGUUUUGAAUUCCAUGCCUGUCAAUUUGUCUUCUCUGUUCUUUUCUGAAUCCCCAAAUUUGUUAUUUUUGUUGUCAAAAGUAAGUGCUAAAAAUCCACUAAGUGUAAUCAUUAAAUGUUUCCAGAUUU